AUGACAUCUUCACAUGAAGAUGACAUUGCGAACCGAGACUUUAAUGAGAUUGUAAACGUUGAGGAAAGAAAAGGUACUACUAGCCUAACAGCAUCUGCUGAAGACUUCAAAGAUUGGAUACAAGAUAUAAACUUGUUGGACUUACUGCUUAAUGACCGUAAUUUUACGUGGUUCAGAGGUCGUUCCUGCAGUCGGAUUGAUAGAGUUCUGGUUAGUCUGGAAUGGGUUGAGGAGUUCCCUGAGAUUCGCUUAAGAGGAGGACCGAGGGGCUUGUCAGAUCACUGCUCGAUGAUAGUGGAAGAUUCAAGAGGAUGCUACAGCUUUGAGGUGUUGCCGUCGGUUGAGGAGAUUAAAGAUGCAGUAUGGGACUGUGAAUCUUCUAGGGCACCAGGAAGUGAUGGGUACAACAUGAAUUUUAUUAAAAAGUGUUGGGACGAGAUUGGGGUUGAGUUCACAGCAGCUGUGGUGGGGUUCUUUCAGACUUCUAAGUUAUCGACUGAUACUAAUAUAACUUGGGUUGCUUUGGCACCAAAGUUUAUUGGGGCUAAGGAGAUCAAGGACCUUCGACCAAUUAGCAUGGUGAGUUGUGUGUAUAAGGUGAUUUCUAAGGUGUUGGUAAGGAGAAUGAGAGCAGUUAUACCAGGCCUGGUUGGAGAGACUCAGAGUGCAUUUGUUAAGGAUAAAAAACUAUAUGACGGAGCACUUAUUGCUUGUGAAACUGUACAUUGGCUUCAAAUAAGAAAAAAAAUAAUUGGAAAAGCAGUUAGAAAUGGCUGGAUAACCCCAUUAUUCGUUGGGAGAGAUAAUAUUGAAUUGUCAUAUCUUCAAUUUGCUGAUGACACUGUGUUGUUCUAUCCACCAGAGGAGGAGACCAAUAAGUAUUACAAGAGGCUUCUACGAUGCUUUGAGUUGAUGUCGGGCUUAAGUAUCAAUUUUGACAAGUCUAGUUUGAUCACAAUCAAUUGUGAACAACAGUGGGUUCGAAGUAUGUGGAGCUUUCUUGGGUGCAAGGAAGCUACCCUUCCAGUCAGAUACCUUGGAAUCCCUCUAGGAGCUAACCCGAGGAUGGUUAAGACUUGGAAGCCAAUUAUAGACAAAGUGGAGGAGAAGCUCAGCUUAUGGAAAUCUAAGGUACUGAACAAAGCCGAGAAGUUGGUGCUCAUCAAAGCAGUACUAAACAACUUGCCAGUAUAUUACUUAAGCUUAUAUAAGAUGCCGAAGGCUGUUAUGGAGAAACUUAUUUCAUUACAGAGAAGGUUCUUGUGGAGUAAGGAGGAUGGAAGGAAUGGUAUGGCUUUGGUUAGUUGGAAAGUGGUCCAAGCUCCAAAAAAGUUGGGUGGGUUAGGUGUCGGAGAUGCGAUGAUUCAUAACACAACACUUCUAUUUAAGUGGUGGUGGAGGUUCUCAAAGGAGGAGUAUCCAUUGUGGAAGAAGGUGGUAUACUCUUGUUACAAUCUCUCUCCUAAUGCGCUAUUAUCAACCCAGACGUUACCUACUAAAGGGGGUCCAUAG